GUAUUUCAGUUCUAGCUUUUGUGGAGAUAUUUCUGAAUCGCAUUCCUUCUCAUUAUGAUUAAGAUCUUAUUUAUUGCCCUUCUGGGCUUAUUAUCAGUCUCAGCUCAAGACGAAAUAGCAAUUUCCAAAGAUGACGAUGAGUAUGAAGACAUUAGCUCAUUCGAUGCCAAAGUCCGCAUCAGCACAGAAAGAACAUCGACUGGUAAACAUAGAGUAUUUGAAACAAUCGAUUUCGGUUCUGGAGAAUUUUUUGAUGGGUCUAUUGCAGCGGAAUUGAGAUCUUCUGAAGACACUUGUUCAACUCCUUGCCGCUGUCGAGCUGGACCUAUAGGACGUCCAGGUAGGAGGGGACAACACGGAUAUAAUGGCACGGACGGCUUAAGAGGACCCCAUGGUGCUGAAGGAAGGCCAGGAGAGCCUGGCCCACGUGGCUUACCAGGACCCCGAGGACCAGUAGGCAAGCGUGGAUUAGCCGGAGUUCCUGGAGCUACUGGAGCCACUGGAGAAGUGGGUGAAGCUGGACCUAGAGGUCCUCAAGGUAUUCCUGGCGUUAUCGGGUCAGAUGGUCCAAUUGGAGACAAAGGAGAACCUGGUCUAAAAGGAGACCGAGGACCAUUGGGAUAUCAAGGACUUCCUGGUCUUCUUGGAGAACCUGGACGACAUGGCCGCGACGGACUACCAGGAGAAGAUGGUGAACCUGGACCUCAAGGACCUAUUGGAGACCCCGGAUGCAAAGGAGAGAGGGGAUUUGACGGCAAAGAGGGCCCCCCUGGACCACCGGGUGAAUUGUUUGUCAAUGGAACAGAUUUUGCGGUUCUGAAGGGUCAAAAGGGAGAGCGCGGUUCUCCGAUAGAUCUCGAAACAGUAAAAGGAUUGAAGGGUGAUAAGGGGCCCAUAGGCGCACCAGGUAAAAGAGGAAAGAAAGGUGAAAGAGGAAAACAUGGAAGUAAAGGUGACAAAGGUGAAAUAGGUCCACCAGGUGUUCUAAGAAUGGGCCCAAAGGGUGAACCCGGUUUAGAAGGUCCUGCAGGAGAAAAGGCUGAAAAGGGCGAGAAAGGAAUGAAGGGAGGAGUUGGAGAAGGAUCUCCUGGAGAACCAGGUGUACCUGGAAAGCCUGGUACCGUAGGAUUAAAAGGAGAAACUGGAAUGAAAGGAGAAAUUGGGCUUCCAGGGCCUCCUGGGAGCGUAAUCACCUCCAACGGCACUGUUCAGGCUGUUAAAGGAGAGAAAGGAGAAAUUGGAGAAUGCACUGGGGGACCGAUAAACAUUACCUCCAUCCCUCCUGGACCUCCAGGUGUUCCAGGUCUUGCCGGCCUGAAAGGUGAACGUGGACAAAAAGGUGAAGCCGGAUCCCCUCUAUUGUCCGGAAACCGUACUAUAAAGGGCGAGAAAGGAGAACCAGGAGUCAUUUACGCUGGUAAUGACACUGCAGUUAUUCCAGGCCCGCCAGGAAUGAAAGGUAUGAAAGGUGAUGUUGGACCGGUUGGUGACCCUGGCUUGAGAGGACCAAGCGGCUUGCCGGGCAGAUCAGGACAUAAAGGUGAACCUGGCGUUGAUGGAAUAAAUGGUUUGGACGGUAGAGAUGGUAUUGAUGGUCAAGAUGGUAAACAAGGACCCGAGGGAUUGAAAGGAGAACCAGGUGUACCUGGGGAGAGGUGCGAAACAUGUGGUGAUUUAGGUUCUGGUGAGUUUCUAGGAGGAAAAGGAGAACCAGGUGAAAAGGGAAAACCAGGUCCACAAGGCUUGUCAGGUAAACCAGGAAUCGGAAUUAAAGGGGAGCCCGGUCUACGUGGUGCAAAAGGUGAAAUCGGAGCGGAAGGGCUACCAGGUAUGAAAGGAGAAAGAGGUGAACGUGGAUUGAAGGGAGAUGCUGUCAAAGGUCUACCGGGAGAGAAGGGAUCCAUUGGUGAGCAAGGGCCACUUGGCAUUGAUGGUAGACCUGGAUCUGAAGGUCCUGAAGGACCUCCCGGUCUCAAAGGGGAACCCGGCUUCGGAAAAAGAGGACCAGCCGGUAAAGACGGCGAUAAAGGUGGUAAAGGAUCGAAAGGUGAGCGAGGACGAGAUGGAAUACCUGCAUCUGGUUUUAAUGACACUUUCAUCCCCUCACCAGGAGAAAAAGGCGACCAGGGAGAACCAGGACAGAAAGGAGCAGAGGGAGAACCAGGCGCACCCGGUGAGAAGGGCUCAAAAGGUGAUCUGGGUCCAUUUGGUAAAAAAGGAGAAAAAGGAGAUAUUGGAAGAAACGGUACCACUGGAAGGAAAGGAGAGACUGGAGAGCGUGGUGAUAUUGGUUAUCCUGGCGAGGAGGGGAAACCCGGACCUGAAGGCGAAAGAGGUAUACCUGGACUUCGAGGUGAACCUGGUCAACAAGGACUUAAAGGUGAUAUUGGACCUGUCGGACCUCGUGGAGUACCGGGAAAUGAUGGACCAAAGGGUAUUCCUGGUGACACUGGACCUAUGGGAGCCCUAGGACUGGAUGGUCUUCCUGGAAAAGCUGGAAGAAAUGGAAUAGAUGGCCAGAAAGGAGAUGCUGGUGACAAAGGUUCAAUGGGACAAAAAGGAGAACCAGGUAGUUAUUCUGGCAGUGGAGAUUUUCCACUAGGAGGCGUGCCAGGUGAACCUGGACCCCCAGGUGCUAAAGGAGAGAGGGGCGAGUUAGGAAAAAUUGGACCACAAGGUGAGAAAGGAAUGGGCGGUCCACCCGGAGAGAAUGGAAUACCAGGAAAACCAGGAGAGAAAGGUAUGAUCGGACCGGAAGGAGUGCCUGGUGAGAGAGGACCAAUCGGCUUUCGUGGGCCCACAGGGCCACUUGGACCCUCGGCGUAUAUAUAUGUACGCCACAGUCAGUCCCAUUCAACACCAAACUGUCUCCACAAUCACACAAAAGUCUGGAACGGCUACAGUUUGUUGCACACAGAAGAUGAAGGAAGAAUCCACGUACAAGAUUUAGGUAUGGGCGGUUCCUGUUUGGAGAAGUUCAGCCCAAUUCCUUUCUUGUUCUGUACCAUUUCCGGAACAUGCAAUUUUGCUACAAGAACAGCCACAAGUUACUGGUUAUCGACGGGUAGAAGUGUUCCCAUGAUGCCUGUCUUAGGAGAGGAAGUUUUAGAACACAUCAGCAGAUGCGCAGCUUGUCAGUCACCAACACCUCUCAUUGCUGUACACAGCCAGUCAGUAAUGGUACCAGAAUGUCCUAAGGGAUGGAACGAACUCUGGACAGGAUUCAGUUUCGUCAUGCACACAAUCGGUGCCGUAGGAGGUGGUCAACCAUUAGGCAGCCCUGGUAGUUGUCUGGAGUCAUUCUAUUUCAACCCUUACAUUGAAUGUAAUAACCGAGGCGAGUGCUACUACUUCCACGACAAACACUCUUAUUGGUUAGCAGGUAUUGACAAGCAAAGCAGUCCAAAUGGUCCUCUUAACCCACAGAGUCAAACACUGAAGUCAGGUGAACAUAUUCAGCGAAUCAGUCGGUGCAAGGUAUGUGUGUAUGAUGAGAACCCGCAAUAAAAAGAUGAUUGUUAAACGAAUGAAAUAAUUAUUAACAAAAAAAAAUAAAGAAAACUCUCUUAAAAUAUUUUUUUAACAAACAAGAAAGAAAGGAGAACAUUUGACAGAAUGUGUGAAAGUACAUGCACGAUAAGACAUCUGGGCUUGUACGUAACGAUGACAUUUUUUUUUAUUGAAGAAUGAAGUAAAAUAUAAAUAAACAAACAAAAAAGUAAGCAAAAAAUAAGGAGGUUAUAAAAUUUAAUUGGGUUGGACAGAAAGCGAAACACCGUACAUGAAAACGAAGUUUUAACACGAACAACAAAACUAAUUAUAAUUUUAAAAAAAGUACUAAUGAAGAAAUAUACCAACACGAAAGCUACAACUAAAACACCGAUCAUCCUCCUGUGUAAUCUAAGGAAUUAUUUUAAUACAAGAAACGGUAUCAGGUCUUUGUCAGUGUGAAGGGUGUUUCUUGAAGAAAUUUUACUGGUGUAACGCCACCGUAACGUUAGUUUAACCCAUCACUUUUGGUUCUCGCAGCGCAAUUUUAACACAUUAUCACCUUGUCCUCAACAUCAGGGAAAACGAAAACCACCAAAGCAGACAUUUUUUCCCACUGUUCUGUUCACCUGUUUGUUUUAUUACAUGGUUUUAUAUUGAUUAUUUUUUUUUAUGACAUCCCAGACCAGAUAAUAAAAUCCUACAAAAAUAAAUGU